AGGAAAGAAGUGAGAAGAAACAGAAAGGGAGACCCCCUCCCCCACCACCAAAUGAAAUCUUUUUUUCUUUUUUUUCCAAUUACAUAACUAGCUAGCUAGCAGCUGCUAUAUGGAACAGCCAAACACCAUCUGAAAUACUGAGUUCUGGGCUGCCUUUCAUCAGCUGCUUUAAUUUCUUUCUUGAAUUGGUUGAAAGCUAAGUGGGAUACAUAGUUUUUGUUCUCCUCUAUUCCUCCUAUUAUUUACCAAGCUAGCUUCAACACUCUUUGCUUUUUUCAGAUCGUUAGCUUUUUUUCUUUUCUUUUUCUCCACUUUUGUCACUCUUUUGUUCAGAUGGAUACUGCUCAUCAGUGGCCACAGGGUAUUGGGGUUGUGGAGAAUGUUGUGGAAACAACAAGAGGAGAGAAGAAACCCAGGCCAGAAAAGGAAAAAGCAUUGAACUGUCCUCGCUGCAAUUCCACAAACACCAAAUUCUGUUACUACAACAAUUACAGUCUUUCUCAGCCCAGGUACUUUUGUAAGACUUGUCGAAGGUACUGGACUGAAGGGGGUUCCAUGAGGAAUGUUCCCGUGGGGGGUGGUUCACGGAAGAACCGAAGAUCUUCUUCUUCUUUUUCUUCUUCUUCUUCUUCCUUAUCUUCUUCCUCCUCGGCUUCCAAGAAGCUUCCAGAUCAUUCCGCUCCAUCGCCGUGCUUUCUUCUAAACCCUAAUAAUGCCGGGCAGGACCUCAAUUUGGCCUACCCACCACCCAAUUCUGGAAUCUUGCAUCAUCUCAACCCGUUUCACAUUCCUAUACCCGGUUCUGACCCGUCCACGGCGGUGUUCUCUUCUGGGUUGCUGUUCCCGUUGCAUGAUGUGAAACCCGCCGCCCUAGACGGGUUUGGGAAUAAUGGGUUUGGGAAUCAUCAAGUGGAGGAGAGUGGGGCGGCUCGAGUCUUUUUCCCCAAUCUUGAGGAUUUGAAAUCCGGGUUUGACCAGUAUAGAGCCCAAGGAGAAAGUAACGGGUAUUGGAAUGGAACCCACGGUGGCAGCGCCGCCGGAGGCGGCGGCGGCGGAUGGUAAAACCAAGCACUGUAUGCAUGUCUGGAUAACAAAAAAACAAAAAGAAAAGGUGGUUUUUGUUUGGUGUUCUCUAUAUAUAUGUGUAGCUUAGGUUGUUGUUAUGAUUUGGUUUGAUAUGAACUGCUAACAGGUUUAGGAUUAUCUGUGCAUGUUUUCUUUUCAUACAUACAUUGAUCUUAAACCUCUUGUAAUUUGUUUGUUAUAUAUAUGUAGUGUGUAUCUCUUAUGUUGUCAUUGACAUAAGUUGUGGAUGGGAUGAUUUCAUUUUCAA